AUGAAAAAAUGGGAUGAUGAUUUUCGUAUGAAGAGUUAUGUAAAUAAGAUUCAGAAUGCUAAGUCAACUGUACCUAAUAACUAAAAAAAAACAAUGAAAAGUAUUUAAAGGGUAGUUAUAAUAGAACAAUCAUAUAGAGAUACAGAAUUCAGUAGUCAUGCAUCUUAUCGAUCUGAUUUAACUGAUAUCAAGGAAAGUUUAUUAUACAAGUAAAUGAGAGAUCUAUUAUUAUUAGAUAAUUAGUUGAAUACAAUUUAUAAUAAUAUACUAAUAAAUUAUUAUUAAGAGGAUAUAAAGGUGGAUUAUAAUCAUUAGCACAAUAGACUAUAGAUUCAUAAAAUCUAGUAUUGUAAGAGAUUAAAUUGUUACCUGGACAUAAACAAAAAUUUUUAGAUCUGUUUAAAUAUUUAAACGAUCAUUAUGAUCCUCACAAUUAUAAUGGAUAACCUUCCUUAACUCCUAAUAACAAUAAAUAGAAUAGAAAUACAUUACCAGGAUAAUUAAAUUCUCAUGGCAAAUUUGAUUAAGUCAUUAAUAAUACAUAUGUUGAAAUACUAAAACCUGUUAAUAGACGUUCUUCUUUAAAACAUUUCUCACCUCAUUAAGAAGUAGGAGUAAUAAAACCAAGAGUUUUACCUAAAUUAGAAAAGCGUUCUAUUAAUGGAAAUAAUGAUAGAAGUCCUUAAUUUAGUGAUACAUAAUCAAAAUAAUUAAUUUUAAAUCAAGAAACAAUUCAUGCAAGUUCUUUGUCAAUAAAUAAAGAAAUAAUAUCUAAACCAUUAUCAAAAACUAUUAAUCAUCCUGUAGUAAAAAUAAAAUAAACUAAAAAAAAAAAAUCUAUGAUUAAAUCAAAUUGUGAUAAGAAUAAUAAUCUAUUGAAAAAAUUAUUAUAAAUUAAUUCAAAAAAUAGUAUUGGAGCAGAAAUAAAUUUAUAGUAAGAUUAGAUUUAAUUGAUGUACUAAUCAUUUGAUAAUGGAAAAUUAGCUUCAACUUUAAUUAAUAUUGAUAUAGAAGAAAUAAGUUAUUGUGUUGGUAUUACUUUAUAAAAAAUGAUAUUCAUUGUUGAUUUAGAGUAAUAAAAAUAUCUCGAAAAUGAAAUUUAAGAAAUUUAAUAAGCAAUUUUUAAAGAAUCUGAUUAAUAUGAAGAAUAUGAAUCUGGAAGUAUUAUUUAAUUAUAUUAAAUUAAGUAAAAUACAGUGAGGAUGAUUAAGAAGAAGAAAAUAAUGAUCAAAUAGUUAAUAUGUCAAAAGUAGAUGAGACAAUUUGUUAAGAUUAUUUAAGAGAAGCAAUAAUAGAACCUGAAAUUACAGAUUAAUAUUACGGAAAUGAAGAUGUUGCCACUGAAUAGUUAUAAAAACUUGAUCAAAGUGAAUAAUCAAAAUUAUAGACUGAAUAGGAAUAAUAAGAUUAUUUUUAAGAUUAAGAAUAAGAUAAUAAUAAGUAAUAUUUGUAAUAAUAAAUUAUAAUAGUGAAUAGUAAAUUUCUAAAUCUUAUUUUUCUGUAGAUACUACAUAUAAUUUAGAUGAUUAUCUAUUAUUUAAUAAAGUUUUUAUUGAUAAAUCUAUGUCUAAUUAUAUACCUAAUGUUGAUAUCAUAUAAAACUAUUGCAAAAAUAUAAUGAUAACAACGA